ACCCGGGAGUUACAAAAGGGUGUCGCUUCUCCCAGUGCGAGUCAGCCUCCUUCUCCGGGGUGACUGGGAGGCCCUGCGUGGCUUGUAGCCACCGAAGGCCAGGAGAGGAGAUGGGCCUGGCUGUCCAUCCUAGUUCCGCACACUCCCUCUCUGAAAACACUCUGCCUGGAGGCUGCUGGGCGAGUUGCGUCCUCUGAGUUGAGGCUGACGGAGGAGCCAGGGUUGCUCUGACGAAGGCUGAGCCUUUCCAGCUGUCACGGCAAAGAAAACAUCCCUGGGUUGAGGCGUGAGGCUCCUGGCAUUCGCUCCAGAGCCACCCUGAGCUGGUGCGGACUGCACAUCCACGGCCCUUUAAGCGUCCGUCAGCUGGGCUUCCUCUGGGAUUCCGGGAAGUGGACUUAAACCAGCCGGAGGGGGCUGGACUAGAAGACCUCUGAGGCCCCUCCCAACCCAAGGAUUGUACAGCUUCCUGCCUGGCGUGGACACCUGACCGUCUCCAGGAUGGCCCGUCCACUCUGGGGCAGCAGCCCCGUCCUUCUCCUCUGUGUUCUGGUCUUUGCCAGUGCCAAUUUGAUCCAGUUUGGACGGAUCAUUGAACACCUGACCGGACGACACCCCCUCAUCUACAACGGCUACGGCUGCUACUGCGGAUGGGGGGGCUCCCGGCAGCCGGUGGACGCUACUGACUGGUGUUGCCACGUUCACGACUGCUGCUACCAGGCCCUGUCGCUCCGCGGCUGCAAACCCAAGGUGCAGAAGUACUCCUACUCCGCCAGGAAGGAGGCCGUCACCUGCGGUGGGGAAACCGAAUGCCGGCAGCAAACCUGCGAGUGUGACAAAGCGGCCGCCCUCUGCUUCCGCCGCUCGGCCUUCCAGGACGAAUACGUCUCCUACCCAAACAUCUUGUGCCAAGGACCCACACCGCCCUGCAAGGGCCUCAGCCACCACUGGGCCCCCAGGAAAGGGGGCUGAGGGCGGCCCUUCCGAGCCCAGGACGCCCACACAACCGCCCUGUCCCCACACUGCCUUCUCUUUGUGAGUCUCUGAAUUGUGUCUUCUUGGGCAAUAAACGUAGCAACUGACUUG